CCUUCAACAUUUUCGUAAUUCAAUGAUCAAGAAAGCCGGGCACGUGCUCAAAACCCUUUGCAAAACCUCCUCACUCCCUCUGCACCGCCAAAGCCAAGGCCAAAUGGAUUUGUCAGAGCGUUAUUGCUACAAGCCGAGCUUGAAAUGGAACCCUAACGUGGAAGAAUACUUCAUCAACGCUUACGGGCCGGAGCAUUUCUCCCGAAUUUCCGAAGCCCUGACGCGUCCAUCAUGUUACUCUUGUAUUCGUGUAAACACACUCAAGUCAACAAGUGAUGCUGUCAUCAAGAAACUUUCUGCCAUUCUACAGGAAAGAGGGUUGCAUAAUGGUAUGAUUAGAAUAUCAAAUGAUCGUAAACAUAUGGAGGAUUUCUGUUCAAAACCCAUAGAGAUUGGUGAAAGUGCUGACACACGACGAACAUAUGCUCAGAACAAUCUUGUUUCAAAGUGUAUGAUACCUGGGCUAGACCAUGUAAUUUUUGUCAGAGGGUCAGGACCGCAUGCUAUUGACUAUGGAUUAAGUGGAGGGAAAUCUCCAAAGGAGGUUAUAGUUAGUAGGAAAUGUGCAGAGGCUGUACUUCGUGGGGCUCAGGUGUAUGUGCCUGGUGUUCUAGCCUGCAGCGCCCAUGUUGAGAAAGGCGAUGUAGUUGCAGUUUCUGUUGCUGUGGAGCAGCCUGGUGCUGAUGGUGGAUGGGGUGCUAAUAUUACACGCGGGACCAUUUUGCAGGGAUCACCAGCAGAUCCUUGUUACUUUGAAAGAAAUGGUCUCUAUAUCGGCCAAGGAAUUACUAUGUUGUCAAGAGCUGGUAUGUUUCGUGUACCAGAAGGAGUUGCAGUCGAUAUGAAUUGUAGAGUAUUUGAUCUCCCAUCUUUUCAUGAUUUGCUUGAGGGAGAGAUUUUUCUUCAGAACCUGCCAAGCAUCAUUGCAGCACGUGCCUUAGAUCCACAACGGGGUGAAAGAAUAUUAGACAUGUGUGCAGCUCCUGGAGGAAAAACCACUGCAAUAGCGAUCCUAAUGCAGGAUGAAGGAGAGGUCAUUGCAGUUGACAGAUCUCACAAUAAGGUACUUGAUAUUAAAAAGUUGGCAGCUGAGAUGGGCCUGACUUGCAUCACCCCAUACAAGCUUGAUGCGCUCAAAGCUGUCUGUAGAAGUGAAUCUGAUGGUUUGGCUGCAUCACACUUUCCUCAAGAUGUUGUUGGCAUUGAGGAAAGGAUAGAGAAAACAUCAAUGGGUGCUUCUGAUGAUUUGGAUGCUGAGUUGGUUCCCCAAAGUUGCGAUGUAAAUUCCAAAAAUGGAACUUAUUCUAGCAAAGCUGUGGAGAGAAAGAUUAUGCGGAAAAUGAGAAAUGGGCCUGGAAGAAAUCACUGUUCGGGUGGUAGAGUUGAAAAGUCCAAAGGUUUUCUUCCAAAUUCUUUUGACCGGGUUCUUUUAGAUGCUCCUUGUUCUGCUCUUGGUCUUCGACCUCGACUGUUUGCUGGAGAGGAAACUGUAGAAUCAUUGAGGAAUCAUGCCAAAUACCAGAAAAGAAUGUUUGAUCAAGCUGUUCAACUAGUUCAUCCGGGUGGGGUUAUUGUGUAUUCCACAUGUACUAUAAAUCCUGGAGAGAAUGAAGGAUUGGUUCGAUAUGCAUUGGAUACCUACAAGUUUCUCUCACUGGCUUCACAGCAUCCAAGAGUUGGGGGACCUGGCCUUGUUGGUGGCUGUCAGUUAUCUGAUGGAUAUACUGAGGAAUGGUUGAGACCUGGAGAGGAAGAUCUUGUUCAGAGGUUCGAUCCAUCUUCUCCACUGGAUACAAUAGGCUUUUUCAUAGCAAAGUUUAAUGUUAGUUCCAAAGAUGCUUAAACUGGAAUGCUUUGGAUUAGUCCCUAGCAGGAGAGUUUCACCAUUUAUUGGCGUUUCUCAUGGAGCACAUCUAUUUACGCAAGUUACCUCACUAAAUUACAAGAACUCAGGUUUUACUGGCCAAAGGUCAUGUAAAGGAAGCUUAAGAAACAAAUCUCCUUUUGCCAGUACCCUAGCCCUCUUGAAAACCAUGUUACAUUAUUCAUGUCAUAUUUUUUGCAAUGAAUAUUAUUUUGCUCAACAGUUAUUUACUUGUACUGCUGAGCCAACAAGACGUUCUUGAAUUACAUCACAAGCAGUUGAAGUUGUA